GGCGGCUGUGCACCUGUACCUGCUGCCCUGGAGGAAGGAGUUCACCACCAUCAAGAGGUGAGCUCUGGAGCCUAUUGCUUCAUGGGGACACCUGCUGGUCAGAAGUUCUAGGACAUUUUAAUUCAGAGAACAGGGCGGGAGGCACCCUCAAGCGCCAGCCCCGUGGGAAGCCAAGAACGGAGCGGACAGGCCUGCCCUUGCGGUGCUCCUGGGCUUCAGUGUUGGGCAGACCUGGUUGGGAUCUGGUUCUGCUUCCUCUUGGCUGUGUGGCUUUGUGCAAGUUACCUAAUCUCUCUGAACCCAUGUCCUCAUCGGUGGAACACACCCAAGAAUAGUGCAGUCCAAGGUCUGUUGUGAGGGCUGAAGGCAAAACCCUGAGUACAGUGCCCGCCCAUGGCAGCGCUCCGUCUGCGGGAGGGAUGCUGACAGGAUCCCAGGGCUCUGGGAUUUUAGAACUGGGAGAGACACAGCACCAUCAUCCUGAAGCCCUUUCAGUUCCUCACAGGACUGCAGCCUAGAACGCACUUUCCCAUCUAGCACUCCUGGGCUCUCAGCCCAGAUGCAUAUUAGAGCCUCCGAAAAAUACGGAUGUUUCAUCUAUGUGGUGGAAUGCUACACAGUUGGAAAAAAUGAAUGGCUAAGCCUCUGUCCCAAUGGGGAAAGCUCUCCAGAACAGGACGUGGGAAGGUGGAGUUCAGAACAGCCUGUCUGGAGAGCAGAUAAGCACCCGUUUGUGUUUGCGUGACCCAAUCUCAGCCCCAGGGGGGACAGGAGGUGGAGACCCCAAGACCUUUUCAGGGGGCUAUGUGCACGUGCUGAAGGGCGCCCUCUCGGAGGACCUUCUCCUCCAGAGCUUCCAGAAGAUGGGUUACGUGCCCAGGGACAACCACCGCCUCAUGAUGGCUGCCCCGCCCCCCGCCUGCCAACUGGUGCAAGUGGCCCUGGGCUGCUUCGCCCUCCGGCUGGAGUGUGACAUCCUGGGCGAGGUGCUGACGCAGCUGGGCACCAGCGUGCUGCCAGCCGAGGAGCUGCUGCAGGCUCGGCGGGCCAGUGCAGACGUGGCCUCCUGCGUGGCCUGGCUGCAGCAGCGGCUGGCCCGGGAAGAGGAGCCGCCGCCUCUGCCCCCCCGGGGCUCCCCAACAGUCUACCAGACCCCGCUGGAUCUCUACCGGGACCUGCAGGAGGAUGAGGGCUCGGAGGAGGCCAGCCUGUACGGUGAGCCCUCGCCAGGCCCCGACUCCCCGCCCCCAGAGCUGGCCUGCAGACCGCUGCUCUGGGAACAGAGCGCCAAACUGUGGGGGGCCAGGGGCGCAGCCUGGGAGCCCCUAGAGGAGGUUGAGGUGCUGCCGCAGGCCAGCAGCCCACCCUAUGGGGCCUUGGAGGAGGAGCGGGAGCGCGAGCCCACAGCCUUCUCCUUCCUGGCCCUGCGAAGAGAGCUGCUGAGUCAGCCUGGAGACGCGGCUGCCCCCAGAGCCCCAGGGAGCCCCGGGCAGGCCGGCCCCCAGCCCCCCGGCUACCAGGCGCACGGCUGCCUAGCUCCUGGGGCCCUGCCCGCCCUCUGCUGUGAUACCUGUCACCAGCUGCACGCGCCCCACUGUGCUGCCCUGCCCACCUGCCGAGCCGGCCACGCGCUUCGCCCGCUGCUCAGUGAGGGCCAGCGGCGCCUGUGGCUGCAGCGCGCACAGCUGGACACCCUGCUCUAUGACGGGCCCGGGGCCCAGCCUUAGGCCCAGCCAGGCCCUGCGGCAGGGCCUUCCCGAGACCGUUUCUGUGGUGCUUCUCGGCCUCAGCACUCCUCGGGCCUAAGCCCCCAGCCACCCUGCGCCCAGGGGACUCCUGGGCACAGCGAGGUGGGGCGUCGGGCUUCACAAGGCAGGAGGUGGGGUCCUGCCUUCCAUGGGAGGCUCCUGCGUUGGCCUGGCCGACUCCCUACCCCCUGCACCCAGCAUCCAGGCCCAUGUCCAAACGUGCUGGGUGGAGGAGUCUCACCACCAAGCCUAUGCCCAACGAAGGGCCCUCUCCCUUCACUUUCGCUCCUUGCCCCAUCCCACUGUAGGGCCCACCGCUCAGCCUGUGGACCUGAGCCCUACAGUUGUCCUUCAGAACACUGCUUCCCUCCACGUGUCCAGGGGAGAGUCUCCUCACAGGGCUGUCCCUGGGAGCCACUGAGCACCACUGUGACCAGUCUGGGGGCUCUGCCAGGUACAUGGCUGAGCUAGCCCCUUGCCUAGAGGUGUCAUGAGCCAGCGCUGAAUGAGCUGAGGGCUGGCUCGAGACCAGCUGGGCCGGGGAGUGUGGUCCCCAGGUGGAGAAGAAAUGAUCUGAUCUCAAAGCAGAGUGAGGAGCCUCCCCAGACGCCCAGAGCAUAGGCGGCAGGAGGAAGGACGCAGGCAGCUAGUGGGGCCUGGAUAGGCUGUCACUCCCCUCGUGGGUGGAGUGUGGGGCUUCUGAGCAGUCCGCACCCCACAAACCACCCUGCUGUUGGCUUUCUGCUGCAUAGGCUCUGGAAGGCAGGGCAGGAGGCCGUGCAGGCUUCCCACCUGAGAAUGCUCCCUGGGUUCAGUGGUAAGGGUGUGGCCGGGUUCUUGAGCAGCCACCUGCUAAGGCAGACUCUCAAGGCCAAGGCAGGCAGGCAGAGCCCCUUCCCCUGGGAAGUAUUCAGCCACAGGACUAGAGGGGACAGGUGCCUGUCUUCUGUGCUGGGUGCUCUACCCCCGUCUGUCUAUCCCACCUCCCCUUCUCCCCAGCACUCAGAGAACCACCAUCAUGUCCCAUGAAUCAGAAUAUUAAAGUUCAUUAAAGGACACUGAACCUA